CUGUAGUUCGCUCUAGUUGAAAAUCCGUUCAGGAUCCACUUCAUUAAUAAAUAAACAGUUGGCUGUCAUGGCGGAGUCUGCAGCAUGUCCUGCUUUCCAGCUCGGAGGAGCCCGAUACGACCAGGGUUCAUUCCUCGGACGUUUGAGACAUUUUAUCGACAUCAUUGAUCCCAGCACCCUGUUUGUGUCCGAGAAAAAGUUGAAAGAAAGCAUCAAACUACUUGAUGACUACAAACAUGGCACGCUUCCUCCUGGAGUCCCUGACACUGAGCUGUGGGAGGCCCAGAAGAUCAAGCAGGCCAUCAUUCAUCCUGACACAGGAGAGAAGAUCUUCAUGCCAUUCCGAAUGUCAGGUUAUGUACCAUUUGGAACACCGAUUGUCAUCGGUCUUCUCCUCCCAAAUCAGACUGUGGUGUCUACCAUUAUAUGGCAGUGGUUGAACCAGAGUCACAAUGCUUGUGUAAAUUAUGCCAACCGCAAUGCUACUAAGCCUACGCCCACAUCCAAGUUUCUCCAAGGCUACGUAGGAGCUGUGACCAGCGCUGUUUCUAUUGCAGUGGGACUGAAUGUUCUGAUUCAGAAAGCCAACAAGCUGAGCCCUGCCACCAGAAUGAUAAUUCAGAGAUUAGUCCCGUUCCCAGCUGUAGCGAGUGCAAACAUCUGCAACGUUGGCCUGAUGAGACACAACGAGCUCUCUGAAGGUAUAGAUGUGCUGGACAACAACGGGAACGUGGUGGGAUCCUCCAAAAUUGCUGCAAGACAUGCGAUCAUGGAGACAGCCUUCACACGUGUGGUCCUCCCCAUGCCGAUCUUUGUCCUGCCCCCUAUCAUCAUGUCCUACCUAGAGAAGCUUCGGUUUCUGCAGUGCAACCGCAGAUUGUUGCUGCCCAUCCACAGCGUGGUGUGCCUGGUUACCUUCGGCCUCUCCCUGCCCGUGGCCAUCAGCCUGUUCCCCCAGAUGUCUCAGAUUGAGGUGUCUUGCCUAGAGCCGGAGAUUGCCAUGGCAACAGAUUGCAAGGUUGUGACCUACAACAAGGGUUUAUGAUGGAUGGCAUGGAGUGGGAGAGCGGAGCAGAGGCCAGGGAGCGAGGAUGGAAAUAAGGCUGCAUUGUGAAGAGCUGUCAGAGGGCACCUACAGCUGGGGAGCCUGUAAAUCAUCCUGUACUAACCUUCUCUUCUCUAAACCCCUUCUAAAUUAAGGAAAACAUACCGUGCACAGAUGUGAUCAUGCACUGUAAAAUCAGCUCUCAAACUUGAUUACAUUUAUUUCAAUGAAUACAGUGCAGUAUUUUGCAAAUAGGCAAUAUUUUGCAAACCCAGUGCUGAUGUGACUGCUGUCUGAUCCAUUGAGGAAGGUUCUUGAAUAUAAUUCAAACCUGCAAUAAGUCACUUUCUUUCCUCUUUAGAGGAGACUAAAUGAAGUCAUAAACACAAGGCAGCCAUAUCAUGUUUUGCUGUAGCAAGCCUUUAAAUACAGCAACUUAUCAGCCAAUCAUUAACAGCCAGGAGACACUGAGCAAUAUAAGUGAAUUUGGUGUCUUAUUUUUAGUAUUAGCAGGUAUUCACUCUCUACUUUGGUAUCUUUUCUCACUCAGUGGGAGAAUUUUGAUCUCUUUAGGUGCUAAACACAGAACCUUGAUAUAUCAACCUUUGAAAACACCAGGGACUUUAAAUGUUUGUUAAGCACAAUAUUCUGUUCGGGGGACCAGAAAGGACCAAAAUCAGAUGAAAACUUUGAGCUGAGAUGAAACUAGGGACUUAAUUAUUCAUCUUUUUUCUGCUUUUAUUUAUUUAUUUUUUUAAAUAACCAAGUUCUUUACAAAACAGGUGACCAAAAUGUUUUGGUAAAAUUUCACAGACAUCCAGAAAAGGAUAAAGUCUUCAGACAUGAACUGUCAGGUUUUGCACAGAACGAUUCAUGUUGUGACCAGGGUUUGCUCUAUGGAGUCAUUAUUGCUGCAAAAAUCAAGCGCACAUUUUCACGUUUUGAGUGCAUGACUUCAGUUUAAGGCUCAUAUUGUUCUUCAAACUUUUCACUUCCGCCUUUGCUUAGAUUUUCUCUGUUUGUGAUUAACUCAUUGAGUGCCAGCCCUUUUAUAAAAUGGAAAGUGGCUUGUGCCAGCAUUUUUGGCCAUUUU